AAGCAUAAACAUCCAUUUUUCAAUUCACGUUGUAAGCUGCAGAAGGACCUGGCUUUUUAUAGGGGUUUCUUGUUGUCCUGCUCUUUGCUUCCGGUACACCCUCUCGGCUCGAGAUAGCGCGGCGAGCUCGGUGCAGAACAAUCAAUUUUCAGAAGACGAAUAGUCGUGUCUGGACUGGUUUUCAGUCAUUAGGACCAUUUCAUAUUUUGACAAGUGUCGGAAAUUCGGUCAAGUCAAAGGAAAUUGGAGUGAGAUUGAGUUAUGACGACGAAAGGGACCGGAGUGGCCGUCAGAAGAGCCAAUUCGCGCAAGCGAUCAGCCCCGAGUUCUGCGACGCCUCCCCUUCCCUCCCCUACACCACCGCUUGGAUCACCUCCCAUUGAUGCUACCAUUGGCAUGCCUAUUACCGGUACGAAUGCUGUCAGUAGCCCUGUUGCCUUGCAGCGCCUGAUAAAGCCAACUGUGGGGGCACCAGCUACACCAACGUCAAAUGGUAACCGAGGUGCUCUGAGCGCUACCGCAGCAAGGAAUGUGCCGGCAUUUCUCAAUAAGCUGUACAAUAUGGUGAACGAUCCUUCUACGGAUGACUUGAUCCAUUGGGGCCCAGAUGGUACAACAUUUAUCGUGCAAAGACACGAAGAUUUUGCCAAGGACGUUCUGCCUCGAUUCUUUAAACAUAAUAAUUUUGCGAGUUUUGUCCGUCAACUCAACAUGUACGGCUUUCACAAGAUACCACAUCUUCAACAGGGGGUGCUACACAAUGACGGGGAACCGGAGAUAUGGGAAUUCAGCAAUCCCAACUUUCAGCGUAAUCAACCCGAUCUCCUAUGCUUAGUCACGCGAAAGAAGGGUCGCGAGAAUGCUGAGGAUAAGGACGGGUCUUCUCUGGACGUAAAUUAUAUCAUCCAAGAGAUUGCGGCGAUCAAACGGCACCAACUCACCAUCAGCUCGGACUUGAAAAAUAUUCAACGGGAAAACCAGGUUCUUUGGAGCGAGUCGGUUUCUAUACGUGAUAGAUAUCAGCGACAGCAAGAAACAAUCGAAAAGAUCCUUCGCUUUCUGGCCUCCGUAUUCUCGUCCAGGAAAAAGCCGCUGAUGAAUAAGAAAAGGAAACUGCUACUUGGCAGCACCCCGGGUGGAGUAGAGGAUAGUCCAGAAGACGUCCGAGCAGAUGGGACCCAAACAAAACCAAGGGAAAACGUCAACCAACGAGUACGGGAGUUGAUGCAACCUCCCAGCAUAAGCUCAUUAAACCCGAACCUGAUGCAGGGUGCCAUAACCCUUCUGUCCCCCGACAGUUCGAUUGUAAAUAAUCCCAUAACACCGGACUACAGUCAGCAACUCGUAGCGCAAAAUCAGAACCUCACGAAUCUUUCACAAGCAACCGAUAGCGUUUCAGACGACAUUGAUUUAUUGCAAGAUCAUCUUCAUAGCAUUUCCUCACUGGUUGGCCUUGACACUGGAUUGGAGGACCUGGGAGACUAUGAUGUGUCGGAAUUCUUAGGUCAGGACCCUUCCGUUGAUGGGACUGAGGAGGAUAGGCAAACGCUUCUUGCUUUGAUGCGUCAUCACAAUCCUCCUUCUCCUACAGCAUCUUCUAGUAACGGCUACCUUGAUCCACUUACUACGACAGCGCCACUACCAAACGGUGCGUCCAUGUCGGCACUGUCUUCAACACCGGGGCUCGUAAACAUACCAAAUAUCGGUGAUCCAUCUCUCCCAUCUUCGGUUGUCCCAGCCGCGAUACAUCCCUCGUCCCUUGGUACACAACCGCCGUCUCAGGCAGCAGGCAUGUUACCAGAUCCACACAGCCUACUAAGUGGCAGCUCCAUGGAUACAAAUGGGCUCCUGACUACCGCCCCAGUCGACCCGACGCUCCUACCUUCGCUGAAUAUGGAUGACCUUCAAGACUCGUUAUUGGGUGACUAUGAAGGCAAUUUGGAUGAUUUGGUGCUACCGGAGAUGGAUGGAACGGAUUUCGACUUCCUCAAUGAUCAUUCCACGGCUUUAUGAAAUAUGGGGCGACCACCAUGGGACUGACUGACUCUGGUUGUUAUCUUUUCGUGACGAGGAGGCGGAGGACUGGAGAAUAGAUUUGUUGGAUUACCGAGUCAAUUGUGCACGCAAAUUAGUUGUCACCCGUAUCAGGCGGCGGAUAUUGCGGGGUUGGAUAUUUUAUUGAUAUCGGGUGUAUUAUUUUUGUUUUACCUCCUCCUUUUGUAAAUAGAGUUGUGGGGCAUCACGCUGGCCGUAUGGUCAUCUCCGUUCGUCCCCCUUUAUGUUCCUAGGUUGCUUUCCGCUCGAGCUAGCAUGUUGCUUAAAUUUGAGUAAUUUACACAUGGGC